UCCAUCCUUGCGUAGGACUUGACGGGAAAGCUCAAAAGUGGACGUGACAGGAAACUCACGCCUUCGUAUUCGCCGUUGACGCGAGGACUUGACGGGAAAGCUCAAAAAUGGACCUUCUCACCAAACCAUUAAUUAACAUGUUAAUCUUUCUAUCUAAAGUCAACUGAUCCAUCCCUUAAUAUUUAAUCCCACACCAAAUUCCAAACGUCUGAUUAUGAUUGGAAAUUCGUGGAAUCAGAAUCUAGAGACUAGAACUUCGAAGAAAUUGCACGCUUCCACACCCUCCCACAAAGAUUCUGUAAUUCUGAUAAGGUGGUUGACAAAAUGCUGCAAUGGCAGGCUUUGCGUUGGAAAGCCAUAAAGGAAGAGGAAGAUUACAGAAUGAGCAAGAGACCUCCGCCGGACCCGGUAGCUGUGCUCAGAGGCCACCGUGCAUCUGUUAUGGACGUCUGUUUCCAUCCCUCCAAGAACAUACUGUUCUCUGGGUGUGUACUUGUGGCUGCAGAUGGUGAAUUGCGCAUUUGGGAUAGUGUACAGCGCCGGACAAUUUCAUCUGCAUUGGUGCAUAAUGCAGCACACGGGAUUAUUGGUCUUGCGGCUAGUCCUUUGAUUGGAGACGACAAAGUAGUUAGUCAGGGCAGGGAUGGAACUGUGAAGUAUUGGGAUAUUGGAGAUGGGGAUCUCUCCAGGAAUCCAUUAGUUACAAUUAAAACAAACUCUUACCAUUUCUGCAAGCUUUCAUUGGUAAAGAAAUUUGCCUUUGGCCCAUGCCAAACUGGAGUACCAGAGAAUUGCCAAGAUGCAGAGGGUGGGGAAACUACAUUUCAAGGAAAUCAAAUGGAGAGUAUAGAAGAUAGUGAGCAAGUAAAAGGACCAAAAUAUGUUGCCGUUUCAGGGGAGCAGUCUUCUGUGGUUGAGCUUUGGGAUCUAGCAAGUGCUGAGAAGUUUCUGCAACUACCUCAUUUGUCUUCUGGCUUGCCUAACACAACUACGAAGGCUAGAGGAAUGUGCAUGGCGCUUCAAGCAUUUUUAUCUCCUGAAUCACAGGGCUACCUAAAUGUUUUGACCGGAUAUGAGGAUGGUUCCAUGGCUUGGUGGGAUGUAAGGAAUCCAGGGGUUCCAAUGAAUUCUGUUAAGUUUCAUAAAGAACCAGUUUUGAGCCUUUGUAUUGAUGGGGCAUGCAGUGGUGGUAUCUCUGGAGCUGCUGAUGAAAAACUUGUGUUUUUCUCUUUGGAUUAUCAAUUGGGAUCAGCACUGGUCAAGAAAGAAAUUACAUUGGAGCGACCUGGAAUAGCAGGAACAUCAAUCCGGCCAGAUGGCAAAAUUGCUGCAUUUGCUGGCUGGGAUCACCGAGUCAGGGUUUACAAUUAUCGGAAAGGAAUUGCAUUGGCCAUAUUGAAAUAUCAUCAUGCCACGUGUAAUGCUGUUUCGUUCUCCGCUGAUAGCAAAUUAUUAGCCUCCUCGUCAGAAGACACAACUGUGGCAAUGUGGGAACUGUAUCCUCCUCAAACUGUCACUUGAAAUCCGGUCGUACGGACAGACAUUCAAUGGUUUUAAUCAGCAAAUAUAAUUAUUAAUGUGAUUUCGACUUUGUGUCCUCCGUGUCAAACAUUAACGCAUUUUGUUUCGUUUUUUUUUUUAACCUGUUUUAUGUGCUCUAAUCUAAGAUUUUAGGAUGCUAAAUGCAGUUGGCUACUUCUACCGGCCAUGUAUAAUUAAUACUUAACGCUGGAUGUUAUGGAAGCUC